UUGUGUUUUUCUUUAGGAUCAAAACUGAUGUUUAUGAAAGGUCCUUUGGCGCGGCUGUUUUAUAAUAUCAGUCUGACGACCAGACCAAAAGAAAGAAGAUUUGUCUGUAAUAUAGUUUUGUCCGGAUCAAUCUUCACAAAAAACAACACAUGAUCAAUCCGCUAAUCAAAGUGAAGAUCUGGUUGUUGGAUUGUAACGCUCCACCAAAACAAUAAGAGGAGGAAGAAGACGAAGGAGUCUGGAUCACGCUCGUUGCCAGACGCGCCGGAUCAAUCCUCACGAGAACACAUAAUCAACAAUCAGGUAACCCAUCAAUCAAUCAAUGAAAGGAAGAUCAUGUUGUAGUGAAUUGGAAUCGACGAUGAUGUCCGAUUGCAACCCUCUACCUAACAACAAUAAGAGGAGGAGGAGGAAGACGAAGGAGUCUGGAUUACAGUUGUUGCCAGACGCGGUGACUUUGAGCUGCCUGGCUCUGGUGUCAAGACUGGACCACGCUGCCUUAUCUCUCGUCUCCAAGAGAUACCGCUCUCUCGUGGCUUCCCCUGAGCUCUGCCGCACGAGAUGGCUGACUGGUUGCACCGAGGCGUCUUUCUACGUCUGCUUACGCAUUCUUCCUGACCCAAGCCCACGCUGGUUCAUCCUCACUCCUAACCGUCGGCUCAGUCCGAUCCCCUCAAACCCCUAUUAGGCUCCCCAUUCAUCCUCUUUCGUGGUGGUGGAUUCGGGGAUCUAUGUAAUUGGUGGGAUCAUAAACGGCAAACGCACUCGGGAUGUCUCUUUCCUUGAUUGUUUCUCUCACACAUGGCGUCGCGUCCCUGCCAUGAAGAUGGCUCGUGCUUCCGCAUCGGCAAGCCUGGUACACGGGAAGAUAUAUGUGUUUGGUGGGUACGACGAUUACAGUAAUAAUAAUUCAACUUGGGCAGAGGUAUUUGAUCCAAAUACCCAAACUUGGGGUCCCUAACUUGGGACCACCAAAAGAAAUUAACAGUCUACCAAAAGUGUAGUGAUACAUGGGAAGAGGAUUUACGCAUUAGAUGAGAAUAAUCAAAGCUUCACCCUUUUGCCAAGUGGAUGUUCAUUCUCCACGAGUCUGGGAAAUAUAGAUAAUAACAAGGUAGGAUAUAGAAAAGAUUGGUGUGUCAUUGGAAAACUGUUAUUCUCUUGUGCUACUUACAGAAUCAUAGUGUGGUGUGAGCCAGAUAGCGACUUUAAUUGGAAGAAGGUGAAGGGUUUGGAAGAGCUGCACAAUCUCCUCUUUUGUUCCAGACACAUCAUCGGUACAACCACCAAAUUCCGGUUUAGAUAUGAAAUCAUCAAACUCUGUACUAACUCCGCUGGUAACAUUGUCAUCUUCUGGAUCGCGCUGCUUGAAGAUCCUGAGAGUUUGGAGCUUUGGUCUGCCGAGAUUUGCCUGGAGACACGACACGAUAGUCAACUUGAAGUUUGGGGGAAGAUUGUGUGGUCUGGUGUUAUCUUCAAACUUGAUCCUCUCUCACACUCAUAUGGGUUUAACCUCUUAUUUUCUGGCUCUGUCCUUGUGUAGAACUAUCUAUAUUAAUUAUUACUUUUGAAGUAUAUUUUCUAAACAAAA